AUGUUGCAGGUCAGCUGUCCGGAUCGUUGUUCUUAUGCUUUUGAUGUGUCACUCGGUUUAUACUACCUUCACAGUAAGCGCUGCAUGCAUCGUGAUAUAGCAUGCAGGAAUUGUUUAAUUGAUAAUCAGCGGAAUAUUGUUAAAAUAUCUGAUUUCGGUCUGUCAAAGCAGGCAGACAAAUAUAAAAUUACAAGGCUUCGAAAAGAUACCUGUUAA